UGAUGAGGGCCUCAACUCGAGGAUCCUUCAGAAUAGUGCCUCCGCCUUCAUGGGACUUUGUGAGCACUUACGGAGGGUCGAGCAGAUGAUGGAAGCUAGGGGUGCUGCCGAGGAGGAAGCUGCUAGCAUCAGAAAGAAGCUGGCUGAAGCUGAGGACUCCCUUCGCCUGGCCACCGAGAGCAUGGAGCAGCGGGUGCGGGCUGCUAAGGCCGAAGGCAAGAGCGAGGGCUUGGCUGAGGCCGGGGAAGCAGCUGCCGAAGCCGCCCGUGUUGUUGCCAAGGAGGCUGAGAGGGCAAAGGCCGAGGAGGUGGCCAAAGCUGAGAAAGCUGUUGUGGAGGCCUUCAUUGCCGGUGGCUGGACCGCCGAAGACAGAAGGGACUGGGUCUCCUCGGUGGUUGAGAGGAGUGUGGAUGCUUGGGUGGGAGGCCCCGACAAGAUGUGGCUGGCCGAGAG